UCAGACCCGCGCGGUCACGUGGACAGGGCGGGCGCGCCCGAGUUGGCCAUGGAGGCCGCGGUGUCCAGUGUGGUGAGGCGGGUGGAAGAGCUCGGGGACCUGGCUCAGGCUCACAUACAGCACCUUAGCGAAGCCGCGGGGGAAGACGAUCACUUUUUAAUUCGGGCCUCUGCAGCGCUAGAAAAAUUGAAACUUUUAUGUGGAGAAGAGAAGGAAUGUUCAAAUCCAUCAAAUCUUUUGGAACUAUAUACACAGGCCAUAUUGGACAUGACAUAUUUUGAAGAGAAUAAGCUAGUAGAUGAGGAUUUUCCCGAGGACUGUUCUCCACAGAAAGUAAAAGAGCUGCUCACUUUUCUUUCAGAACCAGAAAUUUUAGCUAAAGAAAACAAUAUGCAUCCCAAACUGUGUGAUUUGCUUGGGGAUGAGCUACUGGAGUGCCUCUCUUGGAGACGAGGGGCCCUGCUUUAUAUGUAUUGUCAUUCUUUGACUAAGAGACGGGAGUGGCUCCUGAGAAAAUCUAAUUUGCUUCAAAAGUACCUUGUUGAUGGGAUCAAUUACUUGCUACAGAUGCUAAAUUAUCGAUGCCCUGUCCAGUUAAAUGAAGGCGUUUCUUUCCAAGACCUAGACACAGCUAAAUUACUGAGUACAGGAAUAUUUAGUGAUAUUCAUGUUCUGGCUAUGAUGUACAGUGGAGAAAUGUGCUACUGGGGAUUAAAGCAUUGCACAGAUCAACAGUCAGAAAAUUAUGAAGUUGAUACUAAUGUUUUCGGAGCAACCUGCACCACACACAAAGAACCCUUGGAUUUCCGAGAAGUAGGAGAAAAAAUUUUGAAGAAGUAUGUGUCGGUGUGUGAAGGACCUCUGAAAGAGCAAGAGUGGAACACCACAAAUGCAAAGCAAAUCCUAAGCUUCUUUCAGCAGCGCUGUAGCUAGGUGCUCAUCUAGGUCUCAGCUGGAAGGAUGCAAAGAUUGCUGAAGUGGAAAAGAAGGCUUCAACAAAGGAGAUGUACUACACUGAUCUUGAGACUGUUACACUACAUAAAGAUGCCCAAUGUGGCUACGCUUCUCUAAUGCUAUCUCACCUUCCCCUGUGUGCUCUUAGGUCUGUGAAAAAAGUAUUGUCUAAUUUCUAAAAUGGCAUAUAUGCCAUUCUAACUGAACUUGAACUACAUAUAAACCUGCCACUGGUAAGGAGGAACGCAAUGUAGAUGGACAGGUGUUUUCUAAUAUUUUAGGUUAUAUUUUUUAUUGUACUAAAAUAUAUGUUACACAAAAUCUCCUUAUUUUGAAGUAUGUAUACUUCAAAGGUGAAAUUCAGUUUUUCUCCUUGUUUCAAAUAUAUAGUAUAGAUAUAAAUGUAAGCAAUUAGAAUAUUAUGACUAAUAUUUAGAUUUCAUUUCCAGUAAUCUAAACAACAAAGGAUUUUUUAAAAAAUGAAACUUAUUUAUUUUGCCAUGCAUUACUUAUGAUACUUAGAUUAUUUACUUACUCAUUUUAUAAAUUAUUUUAUUUUGUUUAAAACAAAACUGCAUGGACUCUCCAGUAAUGGAGUAAAAGUCAGUGUAGAUGACCCUACCAUUAGUUUAGUGCUUUUAGGGCACAUCUUUGCCCUAAUGAACUUUAUAUCUUUUGCCUUUCAAUAGGACUGAAAUGCUGAAGGCCAAAGAGCCUAGUUUGCUGUUUUGCUCACUGUUUUUCUGCCUACCUCAAAUCCUGUUGUCAUCUUGCUAUGGUCUGUUUGAUACCUUCCAGUGCACUAGACUUCUGUCCCAGUGACAUCUUCACAUUCCAGUCAUUUCUGUAAUUGAAUCUAAGCAUGAGCCACACUCAGUUUCUCUUUCUAAAGUCUUACAUUUUAGUAACUGAUGACAAUUCUCUUUUCAGCUUUUAAAAUUUCCUUGUUUUUGUUGAUUUUUUUUUCCUGUUUUAUUUCUACAGCUGUCAAUCAUUUCACGGGCUUUUCUCCACUGCUCUAACCCCUGAACAGCGAACCUCUUUCAUGUUUUUUUUUGCCCCCCAACUUCAUGGAACAUCGCAUGAAACCUCCCUCGUUUCCUCUCCCAUUUUAUCUGUUAGCAUCAUCGUUGGCAGGCUCUAAACACUGUAUUAAUCUUGUCGGCCAGUCAUGCUUAGAAGACUAAGACUUAUGGAAGGCAUGCAGUCCUUCAAAGCAUAUUGCUACACAUGUGACUUCACUUACAACCCUAACUGCAAGCUACUAAGGUGCCUCUUUUUCCCACUGUGGUAGAGUCAAAAGUUCAUUAGUCACUUCUACCCUUGUCUUCCACAGGAAGUUUAGAUUAUGAGGGAAUUAACUCAUAUUUAUGCAUUUUUCUGUUUUAAAGGAGAAGAGGUUGCCUACUUUCUGUUGAAGACUGAUCUUUGUUAUUUCUUUUGUUUCUCCUGUAGUUUCUCAUUUUCUGUCUGUCCAUGAAAAUUUCGUUCCCUUCUUUUUCUUUUUAUUCUAAAUACUCAUGUUAAGCAGUACUUCUCACAGCCAUCAUGACUUAUGCCAUGUAUAAUGACAGGCUGAUUUCUGUGCCAGGAACUGGAACGAGAGAGUCUCCUUACUCUCUGAAUUUUAUUUUUAGCUGACUAUUAAAUGUCUUCCCUUUGACAAAUACUGACUGCAUGGCCAUUUUAAGUUCAAUAUGAGCAAAUAACAAAUUUUCAUCUCUUAAGGAAAUCUCUGCUUCAUUUCCCUCCAAUUUUGUAUGUUUUCCCAAAUAGGCAAAUAGAAGGCUUACUUCCCAUCCUUAUUUUUAUGUACUCUUAUUUGUGUUCUAGACCAACAUUUUUCAGACAUGAAAAUCCCAGGCCCCUUUUUGAUAAACAAAGUUUUGAAUAAGCAGUGGAAGCCAAGGGAGAUUCCGCAAUCCCUGCCACAACUCUUGGCCUGUCUUUAUGCAACCAAGAUUUUUAUAUAACCUAGCAUCUUAGCAAGUUUUAUUAGGAAAAAUGUGAGUUUUAGAGGCAUAGAUUUCUUUCGUGGAUCAUAAUCAAUGAAUCAAGUGCUUCCACUACCUUUCCCAAAUACACUUAUAUUUUCCAACCUUAGUUCCGUUGUAGACAUCAUUAUUGCUGGGCUGGUCUUUGUGGCCAGAUAAAUAAUUUACUUGUAUGCUGUACCUUUAGUCAUACUGUGUCUAAAGGCUUUUUUCAGCCCUUUCUGGAGAAAUUAGAUGUUCCUUUAUUUUCUCUCUUCCUUUCCCAUGUCACCACAGUACAAUGUGUUGUAAUUAUUUUUCUUACUACAGAAUGAACUCCAUAUCUUAAAAUUUUAUCUUUGCACACACUAUUCAUUGCAUGGUAGGUAGUAAUGUCUUUUGAAUUAAUGAGGCAUGAUUUGAAAUGCCAACUUUGCACAAAAGGGUUGCUGCUAUUGCAUUCCAAACUGCCAUGCCCUCUAUACCAGUGGUUGAUACAGCAAAAGGGAGUAUGUCUUCCUGAGGAGUCAAGUGUUACUUGGACACUAAACUGAGAAAAUAAGACUUUGUCUUCAGAAGCUGAGAACUUCCGUUUUUGCCUUUAUGACAUUUGUAAGCUCACUGGUCGGUACAAUUAUGAGGGUAUUUCUGGGUGCUUUUUGUACAAUUUACUACCCUACCCCAAACAAUUGGAGAACAAUUUGUAGACCAUAAUAGUUGUAGUACUUUCUACUGUGGUGUUAUAAAUGGAAAAUACUUUUGGUAUUAAUCUUGAUGAGUAAAUUGUUUUAUUUAUAAUGAAGUAACCUCAAAAUAACAGAUACUCCACAUAAGAACAGUUAUAAGCCUAUAAUAGAUCCUUUCAACAACUAAUGUGUGCCUACAACAUGCCAUAUUUUGUCCUAGGCACUGAGGAUAUAGCUUUGUAAACACCCUCCUGUUACGGCUUUUAGUGGAGGAAUGUACAGUAUGCCAAGUGAAAACACUAAUAAUGUACUUAGCAGGGUGUAAGGGACUACUGUGAAUUGGAGAUGGUGCUAUUGUAUUUAGAGUGGUUAGAAAGGUUCAUCUAAGCACUGUCUUCAAUUUCCAUCCUGUUGUUUCUGAUGCCUUGUGUUUUCAGCACACUCAAAGAUUUUCCUAAGGAAGUCACUUAAAACCUUCUCCUUUUGUUUGAAUUUAAUGGCUUUCUCAUCAGUGGUAUUUUUAAUACAUACUGCCUAAAGGCCUUGGGAUCUUUUAUUCAUUUCAGGUGGUUUUCUGUCCACCCUCCAGUUCCCUUUUCUAUCUUCUAAAAGGUUAUUACAUCUCCCCACAGAAACCAAAACUCUGUAAUGUCUUCAGUAUUACUUCCCUAUAUAUUUUAAACACAAUAUGAGGUAGCAUUGUAUGGAAACAUUACAUUAAGAGGUACUUAAUAUAGACACAACCUAUGUAUUAUAUCAUGCUGGUGUUUAGUAGCUUUUACUUUCCUGCUUCUAGUGAAAAUUUAUCUUCAGUUUGAAUUCUCUGCUGUUCGUUAAAAGGAAAAUUUUACAGGAUUUUCAACAACCUUUAAACAUUUAUCAUUCUUUAUGCAGUAUGAAUUUUCAUAUGUGGAGGAGAUUUUUAAGACUUGAUUUAAGAGUCUGUCUCUUGCUAUGUUUAUAGGCUGUCUGGCUGCUGUGCAUUAUUUCAUGUUAAGGCACAUAUCAUGGCAUCCCCUUAUCCUUUGCUUGCAGAGGAGAGAAGUGAAAGUCAUGACUAAGAGGCCACCAUAAAAGAUCCAUUCCCAGCUUCACAGGCUUGUGCUCAGUAUUGUGAUGUUCAUUAAAGUAUGAACUGUGUCUUAAGGUGUUUUCCAGUUAUCUUCGUGACAUUUUAAAAACCCACCGCUACUAACUUGGUCUACUUGUAGAUUGCUUGCUUUCUUGGGCACUUUUAUAACUCCAUAAGGAUACUUCAUCUGCCACAGAAUCCAGAAUUCCAUAGUUCUCUAGUAUUACUUACUAGUAUUAAAUUCAUUUAAUAUAAAAUGAAAAAUAUUAUGGAAGUAUUAUAUCCACAUAAGCUUAAGAUAGCCAGAAUUAAAAGUAUUCAUUAUGUACUAUGCCGGUGUUUAGUAGUUUUGUUUUUGCAACUUUAGUGACAUUUUCCAGAUACAGUGUUUUGGAACAUAUAAUUAAUAAAAUGACAUUCCCCUA